GUCGCCGUCGAUUUUCUGGUCAACGAUCUUGAUAUACGGCUGGCUUUACUUCAUCGCGCUCACUUUUACGGAGACAUCUUAUUUGCUCCAAUCCGUUUGCCGCCUGGCUAUCACCCUAAUCGACUCAUGCACGACUGCACCACGUUCACUCUCGAGAAGCCAACUGACACCGAUAAUACACACCUCACUUGUAUUCUACUCUAAUGGCACAAUCUCCUUCCGAUAUCACUGGCACGUCUCCCGCACCGUUCAGCCCCUUUUCAACAUAUUCCGGAUCUAGUCCUCUAGGCAGUGAGCUCGCCACAUCGGACGAUGCUCCUGACCUUGGCGCUUUUGCCAACGUCUUCCGCGAACUCGAACUAGAUCAAUCCACCACCCUCACAGUCCGCAACGUCACGCACCCCGUUAGGAGAAUAUCAUCAUCUGUCUUAGUUACACCAUCCGAUGAAUCCGCUACCACGAAUGACUUCGGUUCAGUCGCAUGGAGCCGACGCCGAGUCGCGGCUUAUCUCUCCGAGCCACGCACGAUUGACGACACUACCCCCGAUAACUCCGCUUCCGCUUCCGAAGACGAGUCUUCUGACACAGAGGCGGAGAUGGAAGAGGUCGACUUCUCCGACGAAGCGAUCCAGGAGCGAUCGCCCAAUGGCUCGCUCCAAGCGCCCGGCGGUCCUGAGUCCAGCUUGAGCCUGGAAGGCAAAGACCAGCCGUCCCUGGGCUAUUUGGACGAGGUUCUGAGUUUCCUCGCUGAGGAAGCUGCUCAACACGCCGCAAGGCACGCAGCCAGCAGCAAGAACACCUCUACCACGGCCCAGCCCUCGACACUCUCUACGUUGGACAGUGCUUUCCGCCACGUCGUUGAACCCAAGCGCAAGCGCCGUCGCAAGAAAUCUCGGCACGCCGUCACCCAAGUCCCGAGUCCGGACAAACAGCAACGUGUUCAAGACGAAGACGCGGUAUCUCCUGUUGACCCUCCAACGGAUGAGUCCUCAUCAGCUGACCCCUCGUCUUCGUUCGACAUCUCUUCAUCAUCCUACCGGAAUCGUCAACUUCAACUACAGACCGAAUCCACUCCCGCAACGCCUCCGCGAAAUCGUAAGGAGCGACGCAGGCUGCAGCAACAACAGCUCGCUACAGCCGCGCUGGCGAAGGUGGAGGCAACGUCUCGUCCCCAACUCAGCCAUAGUAGAUCUACCCCCGCUCUUCGUUUGAAUGUAUCAAUACCUCUCGACCCUCGGAUUCUGCGCCUGCGGGCCUUGGCACACAAACUCCGCAUGUUCUUCCCCGAAGACGCGAAGCACCUGUCGAGGAUCCUUUCUAGCGAUUCUCCCGAUGAAACGAACUUUGUAGACCCGCGUGGUCCAAAGCCGGCUCAUAAGGACAGCCUAAUCCAUGUCUUCGUCGAUCAUUCUAAUAUUCUCUUCGGACUCCUGUCUUAUAUAAAGCGUCGCGUCAACCCGUCGUCGCUGAAGAAGAAACACAUCUCCCACGCCGCUUUGGCCUUGAUCCUCGAAAGAGGACGACCGGUCACCCGACGAUGUCUCGUUGCAUCGUCUCCCCUGUAUCAACCUAUGGAUACGGCAGAGCAGCUCGGCUAUGAGGUCAAGAUCUAUGCCCGCGUCCCGGACACGGGAGAUGGCGCGGACCGCGUGCGGAAGCGCAAUGGGAGUGCGGACCUCUCCCGGGGUAACUACCCGAGCCAACAUCUUAAGGCGGGCAACGGAUACCGCGGUAGCGGAGACUAUUCCCACCUGUCUUCCCAGAGCCAGACUAACCCGAUACCGAUCAAUGGGAUGACCUCCGGGCAUAUGAAACAUGCACACAAGCGCUCCUCCGGCGGGGGAACCUCCGAAUCUGACCAUGGCCGCAGUGGCUCCGGCCCUGGAUCUGGAUCACAAUCACAGUCUCAGAAAUCAAAUGGCCAUGUACCCCAUCAGCCGACUCGACCGGGUAUGCUGAUGAAACCUCGUCGAGGGUCCUUGUCGCAGGCAAUGCCAGCAGUGGCCAACGUUGGCCAGUCUUUACCGACUAUCUCCACCCUUAGCAACCUGCACGCCUCGGGUCAAGGCACGCCGUCUCAGCGCGUCAAGUAUCGUGAGCAAGGCGUCGACGAGCUCCUCCAGCUGAAGCUGCUCCAGGCCAUCGCGGAAUCGGAUCCACCGCCAACGAACGCGACGAUCGUCCUCGCCACUGGCGACGGUAACGUCGGCCAGUUCAACGACCAAGGGUUCAUCGGCUGCGUAAGGACCGCCCUGAAAAAGGGUUGGAAGGUCGAACUAUACGCUUGGGAGGACGGUUUGAGUCAGCUGUGGAUGAAGGAGUUCGGGUCGUACACCCAAGGAAAGAAUGGUGGAGGCAAGGGCCAGUUCCGAAUUGUUGGCAUGCAGCAGUUUGCUUCGGACUUGCUUGUCCCGUAAGGGAUCUAGACUUGCGAUGGAACCUGACAUUCGAUCAUGUAUCGUUGUACAUGUAGCAGCUCACCUUGUACAGUACCGUAGAUGUUUGUGUAUAUGAUCUGUUUCAUAC